GGCCAUAAUUACCAUCCUCGAUGAGCCACUUUACUGUAAACCACCUUGACCAACGACUUUCUUUGCGGUUGAAAUUAGAAAGUGCACCAAUUCUCCCAAAUACGCGGACCAAUAUUCGCAAUGCCUAUUGUUGAUAUCCACACGCAUGUAUACCCACCGUCAUACGUGGAGCGUAUGUGCCUCCCCUUCCUCUUGCAAUCUCGUGUUCUAAUAGAAAAUCCCGUAGUCCUCAAAUCUCGCUCUACAGUUCCUUAUGUCCGGUCUAUUCCACCUACAAACUCCCCUAGGCUCUUCGUCCUGCCCAGUGAAGAUCCCCCCAGUACAAUGUCCACCGGCCGUCCUAUUGGCCCCGAAUACUACGACAUAGCCCAGAAGAUUGCCUUCAUGGACAUACACAACAUUGAUAUCUCCGUAAUCUCACUAGCGAACCCAUGGCUGGACUUCCUCCCCUCGUCCAGCGCCGCAGCUGCGGCAGAAGCGCUGAACAGCGACCUAAACACCAUAUGUGAUAAGUUUCCCGGUAGACUAUUCGCCUUCGGUGCCAUCCCCGUCUCCGCUUCCGUCGAAGAGAUCGUAUCUGAGAUCAAGCGGUUAUCCGGGAUGAAGUACAUGCGUGGAGUGGUCAUGGGCACAAGUGGAUUGGGAAAAGGACUCGAUGAUGAGAGAUUGAACGGAGUUUGGGCAGCGCUAGAAGAGGCUGGGCAAACCGUUUUUUUGCAUCCACAUUAUGGCUUACCGAAGGAGGUGUAUGGACCCACUGGCGGUGAAGAGUACGGGUUUGUCCUUCCGCUAGCGUUAGGGUUUCCACUUGAAACCACGAUUGCGGUCUCUAGAAUGCUCUUAUCGGGGGUUUGGGACCGGUUUCAGGGGUUGAACGUCUUGCUCGCGCAUAGCGGUGGUACGCUACCCUUUCUCGCAGGCAGGUUGGAGAGCUGCAUUGCGCAUGAUGGAAAAUUGCUCCGAGAGGGCAAGAUAGCCAAUCGCCGGACAGUGUGGGAUAUUUUGCAGAAAAAUAUCUUCCUCGAUGCGGUUGUGUACUCGGAAGUCGGCCUUAAGGCGGCUGUGGAUGUCGCAGGCGCGGAUAGAGUAUUCUUCGGUACUGACCACCCAUUCUUCCCGCCACUGGAGAAGAAUGGGAAGGAGGAGGAAUGGUUGAGUGUUACGACGAACUACAAGGCUAUCAAAGAUGCAUUUGGCCCAGGAGAAAUGGAGAAGGUAGAGGGUGUGCUGGGCGGAAAUGCGGUGAGGUUACUGCGGUUGGAGGUCUAG